CUGUUGAAAACAAGAACCCGCGGAGGUUUCUAUAUUAAAUUUACAGUUUAAAAUACAAUCACUGCCUGUGUUUGAACGCAAGGAUCUGUGCGUUGCCCAUGAUGGUGAUGGUUUUCAUGCAGAAAACCAGUGAAAAGGAAAGGAAGGAAGGAAGAAAAGCACACUGUUGGCAUGCCGGCGUCAAAAAUAAAACCACUGGUGAAGUUCUGUCAGUCGGAUAUUUCAGCAGUGCCACUUAAUUUGGCUGCUGCGGGGCAAGAAGCGAGACAGAGGCGGGCGCAAGGCGCUACCUUUUCGGCACCUUGGAGAGCUCCCCGGGCGCGUAGCUGCGCGCGCACUCUGAAGCGCAAGCAGCGGGGGCAGAAAGGCAGCGCUGUAUAUGAAUGACUGCACCGGAGCGGAAGGCAGCACUCGGGCGGCAGUUGCGGCCAGAUCAGAAGGAUCCGGAGAGGCUCCGCUUCCAAAGACCAGCGAGACGCCGUGCCCAAUCCGAAACCCAAUUCCUAUCCCAGCUCCUUCUGUGCAGCCGGCAAGCGGGGUUGCUUUCUGGAGAUCACCCAACAAAGUCAGAGCAGCGACUGGGUCACUGUCUGCCCGCCGCCUUUGGAUCUGAAAAGCUCCUUUUGCAACCGCCUUUGGAUCGGUGCUGGUUGUUUGGCAACGCGAUCCCUCCUGCCACCUCGUCCAUGUGAGUUUAGCAGAAGGGAGACCCGGCCGGCAGCGCCCCUUCCUCCUUGUGAAAAGUUCUCCGCAGGAUCCUCGCCCGGGACUUUUUUGGAGCCGCCCUCGUUGCCUUCCAGCUCGGUCGGUGGGGCAGAGACGGGCCGAAGCUCCCGUCUGCCAUGGGAUGAUGGAUGCCCCGUGUGACUACAGCUACUGCUCCCUGGCCGCCAGCAUGAAGGACGUGGAGCCCGGAGACUCGCUGGGCUCCUUCUUCUCCAGCUUCCUCGAGGAGAGGCUGUCGAGCAACCGAAGCAACGCGUCCCUGCAGGAGCUCUGGAGGAGCCUCGUCCACCUGGAGCGAGCCGAUGGGCCGCAAGGCAGCGGCUCGCUUGUCCUGAGGGUCUUCAUCUCCACCAUCUACUCCGUGGUGUGUGCCCUGGGGCUAGUGGGGAACCUCCUCGUGCUCUACCUGAUGAAAAGCAAGCAAGGCUGGAACAAGUCCUCCAUCAACCUCUUUGUGACCUGCCUGGCCGCCACGGACUUCCAGUUUGUGCUGACCCUGCCCUUCUGGGCGGUGGAGAACGCCCUGGACUUCACCUGGCUCUUUGGCAACGCCAUGUGCAAGAUCCUCUCCUACGUGACCACGGUGAGCAUGUACGCCAGCGUCUUCUUCCUCACAGCCAUGAGUGUGGCCCGCUACCACUCAGUGGCCUCCGCCCUGAAGAGCAAAAGGCCCGGCGGACUUUGUGGGGGAUGCACUUCGGCCAAGUGGCUGUGCGUCCUCAUCUGGCUGGUGGCCAUCCUGGCUUCCCUGCCCACUGGCAUCUACUCCACCACCUCCACCAUCUACACAGAGGAGGAGUUCUGCCUGGUCAAGUUCCCCGACAGCCAAGGCAACAAUACUCCCUUCUGGCUGGGGCUGUACCAUGCCCAGAAGGUGCUGCUGGGCUUCCUCUUGCCCUUGGGCAUCAUCACCCUCUGUUACUUGUUGCUGGUGCGCUUCAUCAGCGACAGGCACAUGGGCGCCAGCUCCUGCGGUCCCAGCACCAAGCGCCGGUCCAAGGUGACGAAAUCAGUCACCAUUGUGGUGCUCUCCUUCUUCCUCUGCUGGCUUCCCAACCAGGCGCUCACCAUCUGGGGCAUUUUCAUCAAGCUCAACGUGCUGCCCUUCAGCAACGCCUACUUCUUCUCCCAGACCUACCUGUUCCCCGUCACCAUCUGCCUGGCCUACUCCAACAGCUGCCUCAACCCCAUCUUCUACUGCCUCAUGCGCAGGGAGUUCCGCAAGGCCCUCAAGAAGUUGCUGUGGAGGAUCACUUCGCCUUCGCUCACGGCCAUGCGCCCCUUCACUGCCACCACCAAGCCAGAGCAUGAGGAGCAAGCCUUGCACACCUUGAUGCCCAUUGACCCCAGAGCUGUUUCUGCUGCUCCAGCUGCUCCUGCAGCAGUCAGCUUGCCUGACAUCAUCUCAUAUCCCCCCGGGGUGGUGGUCUACAGUAGCCGCUCUGACUUCUUGCCCACCACCACCUCGGCCGAACUGCAUUUAUAAGCUUAAGGGGCUGAGUGAGGCUGUGAUGUUUCCAAUCUCCAGGGUCAACAAGUCAGGGUCUGUGUUGGAGCGCACCCCAUCUUGGUGAGUGGGGGAGCCAAGCAAUGUGCUCCUUGGAUUCUUCCAUUCCCAAAGGGGGGAGGGAAAUGUGUAAAAAAGGUAUGGUUCAGUCUAGUCAAAGGCGACUAUGGGGUUGUGGCGCUCAUCUUGCUUUCAG